AUGAAACCAGAGAUUGAACAAGAAUUAUCUCACACUUUAUUAACUGAGCUUUUAGCUUAUCAAUUUGCUUCACCUGUUAGAUGGAUUGAAACUCAAGAUGUAUUUUUAAAACAACAUAAUACUGAAAGAGUGGUGGAAAUUGGUCCUUCACCAACUUUAGCUGGUAUGGCUUCAAGAACUAUUAAAGCAAAAUAUCAAUCAUAUGAUGCAGCAUUAUCUUUACAACGUCAAGUUUUAUGUUAUUCAAAAGAUGCUAAAGAAAUUUAUUAUACCCCUGACCCUAUUGAGGAAGUGACAAAAGAGGAAGCUGUUAAAGAAGAAAUUCCUCAACAAGUUCAACCAGUUCAAGUUCAAGUUGCUGAACCACCACAAGCUGGCCCUACUGCUUCUAUCCCAGAUGAACCCGUUUCGGCUAAAUUAUUGAUUCAUGUUUUAGUUGCACAAAAAUUGAAAAAACCUUUAGAAAGUGUUCCAAUGUCAAAAGCUAUUAAAGAUCUUGUUAAUGGUAAAUCAACCGUUCAAAAUGAAAUUCUUGGUGAUUUAGGUAAAGAAUUUGGUUCAACACCAGAAAAACCAGAAGAAACUCCAUUAGAAGAAUUAGCAGAACAAUUUCAAGAUACAUUUUCGGGGGUCUUAGGUAAAACUUCAACUUCUUUGAUUAGUAGGUUAAUGUCAUCAAAAAUGCCUGGUGGAUUUUCAAUUACAACUGCAAGAAAGUAUUUAGAAUCAAGAUAUGGUUUUGGUAGUGGUAGACAAGAUUCUACCUUGUUAAUUUGUUUAUGUAAUGAACCAGCAGUAAGAUUAGGUUCAGAAGCUGAUGCUAAAACAUUUUUAGACGGUGUUGCUACAAAAUAUGCAACUCAAGCAGGUAUUUCCUUGAAUUCGGAAAGUGUUGGUGCCUCUACCACCUCAAAUUCGACAGUAGAUUCUGCUGCAUUAGAUGCAUUAACUGCUGAAAAUAAAAAAUUAGCUAAACAGCAAUUAGAAACUUUAGCAAGAUAUCUUCAAGUUGAUCUUAACAAGGGGGAAAAAUCUUUUAUCAAAGAAAAAGAAGCAUCUGCAGUACUUCAACAAGAAUUGGAUUUAUGGGAAGCAGAACAUGGAGAAUUUUAUGCAAAGGGUAUAAAACCAGCUUUUUCACCACUAAAAUCAAGAACUUAUGAUUCAUAUUGGAAUUGGGCAAGACAAGAUGUCUUAUCUAUGUGGUAUGAUAUAAUUUUUGGAAAAUUAACUUCAGUUGAUAGAGAAACUAUUAAUCAAUGUAUUCAAAUUAUGAAUAGAUCAAAUCCAACUUUAAUUAAAUUUAUGCAAUACCACAUUGAUCUUUGUCCAGAGUAUCGUGGGGAGACUUAUAGAUUAGCCAAGAGAUUAGGUGAACAAUUGAUGGAUAAUUGUAAACAAGUUAUUGGAGAAAAUCCAGUUUAUAAAGAUGUUACAAGAAUUACCGGCCCUAAAACUACUGUCAGUGCUAAAGGUUCCGUCUUGUAUGAAGAAGUAAACAAGGAUUCAGUUAGAAAAUUUGAACAAUAUGUAUAUGAAAUGGCUCAAGGUGGUUCAAUGACCAAGAUUAAACAACCAACUAUUCAAGAAGAUUUAGCUAGAGUUUAUAAAGCCAUUACCAAGCAAGCUUCAAGAGAUAGUAAAUUAGAAUUACAAAAAGUUUAUGAACAACUUUUGAAAGUAGUUGAUGGAUCAAAAGAAAUUGAAGUUUCUCACACAACAAAAGAUGCUUUAGCUAUUCCAACUGGUACAAAUACUCCAGAAGACGAAUUGUCAACUGCUUCUGAUGAUGAUGAAAUUGCCUCAUUACCUGAUAAAACUUGUAUUGCUCAACCAGUUUCAUCAACGGUUCCACCACAAACUAUUCCAUUCUUACAUAUGCAAAGUAAAAAUUUGGUACUGGGACAAUGGGAAUAUGAUCGUAAAUUAUCUUCUAUCUACUUAGAUGGUUUAGAGUCAGCGGCUAUAAACGGUCUUACUUUCAAAGAUAAAUAUGUUUUAGUUACCGGUGCUGGUGCUGGCUCUAUUGGUGCAGAAAUCUUACAAGGUUUAAUCAGUGGUGGAGCUAAAGUGAUUGUUACAACUUCACGUUUUUCCAAAAAAGUUACUGAAUAUUAUCAAAAUAUGUAUUCAAGAUAUGGUGCUGCUGGAUCUACUUUAAUUGUUGUUCCUUUCAAUCAAGGUUCAAAACAAGAUGUUGAUGCAUUAGUAAAUUAUAUUUAUGACAAAAAAUCAGGUCUUGGUUGGGAUUUAGAUGUUAUUAUUCCAUUUGCUGCAAUCCCAGAAAAUGGAAAUGGCUUAGAUAAUAUUGAUUCAAAAUCAGAAUUUGCUCAUAGGAUUAUGUUGACCAACUUAUUGAGAUUAUUAGGAGCUGUUAAAUCUAAGAAAACUACCGAUACAAGACCGGCUCAAUGUAUCUUACCAUUAUCUCCAAAUCAUGGUACUUUUGGAUUUGAUGGGUUAUAUUCAGAAUCUAAAAUUUCUUUGGAAACUUUAUUUAAUAGAUGGUAUUCUGAAGAUUGGGGUACUAAAUUAACUGUUUGUGGUGCUAUCAUUGGGUGGACAAGAGGUACUGGUUUGAUGAGUGCUAACAACAUUAUAGCAGAAGGUAUUGAAAAAUUAGGUGUUAGAACUUUUUCACAAAAGGAAAUGGCCUUCAACAUUUUAGGAUUGUUAACUCCAGAUAUUAUUAAAUUAUGUCAAGAAAAUCCCGUUAUGGCUGAUCUUAAUGGUGGAUUACAAUUUAUUGAUAACUUGAAAGAAUUCACAUCCAAAUUAAGAAAUGAUUUAACUGAAAAUGCAGAUAUUAGAAGAGCUGUAUCUAUUGAAACUGCAAUUGAACAAAAAGUAAUUAAUGGUGAUAAUGUUGAUGCUAACUAUAGUAAAGUCACUGUUCAACCAAGAGCAAACAUGAAGUUUGAUUUCCCAGGUCUUAAAUCAUACAACCAAAUAAAACAAAUUGCACCUGAUUUAGAAGGUAUGUUAGAUUUAGAAAAUGUUAUUGUUGUUACUGGGUUUGCAGAAGUUGGUCCAUGGGGUAAUUCACGUACAAGAUGGGAAAUGGAGUCUAAAGGUGAAUUUUCUUUGGAAGGUGCUAUUGAAAUGGCAUGGAUUAUGGGUAUGAUUAAAUAUCAUAAUGGACCAUUAAAAGGUAAACAAUAUACCGGAUGGAUUGAUGCCAAGACUCAAACUCCCGUUGAAGAUAAAGAUAUUAAAUCCAAAUAUGAAGAAGAAAUUUUAGAACACUCGGGUAUUAGAUUAAUUGAACCAGAAUUAUUCCAUGGAUACGACCCUAAAAAGAAACAAAUGAUUCAAGAAAUUGUUAUUCAACAUGAUUUAGAACCAUUUGAAUGUUCAAAGGAAACUGCUGAUCAAUAUAAACAUGAACAUGGAGAUAAAUGUGAAAUCUUUGAAAUUGAAGAUAGUGGUGAGUACACUGUUAGAAUAUUGAAAGGUGCUACAUUAUUUGUACCAAAAGCUUUAAGAUUUGAUAGAUUAGUUGCAGGUCAAAUUCCAACUGGUUGGGAUGCUAAAACUUAUGGUAUUCCAGAAGAUACUAUAAAUCAAGUUGAUCCAAUUACAUUAUAUGUACUUGUUGCAACAGUUGAAGCAUUAUUAUCAGCAGGUAUUACUGAUCCAUAUGAAUUUUAUAAAUAUGUUCAUGUUUCUGAAGUUGGUAAUUGUUCAGGUUCAGGUAUGGGUGGUGUUAGUGCACUUAGAGGAAUGUUUAAAGACAGGUACGCUGAUAAACCUGUUCAAAAUGAUAUUUUACAAGAAUCUUUCAUAAACACAAUGGCUGCUUGGGUUAAUAUGUUGUUGUUGUCUUCUUCAGGUCCUAUCAAGACUCCCGUUGGGGCUUGUGCAACUGCUGUUGAAUCAGUUGAUAUUGGUAUUGAAACUAUUUUAUCAGGUAAAGCUAAAGUUGUUAUGGUUGGUGGUUAUGAUGAUUUCCAAGAAGAAGGUUCUUAUGAAUUUGCCAACAUGAAUGCCACAUCAAAUGCUGAAGAAGAGUUUAAACAUGGUAGAACACCAAAAGAAAUGUCAAGACCAACCACAACCACCAGAAAUGGAUUUAUGGAAGCUCAAGGUUCAGGUAUACAAGUUAUUAUGACUGCUGAUUUAGCUUUGAGAAUGGGUGUUCCUAUUCAUGCAGUUUUAGCUAUGACAGCAACUGCCACUGACAAAAUUGGUAGAUCAGUUCCUGCACCAGGUAAAGGUAUUUUGACAACUGCAAGAGAACAUCAUGGAGAUUUGAAAUAUCCAUCACCAUUACUUAAUAUUAGAUAUAGAAAAAGACAACUCACUAAAAGAUUAGAUCAAAUUAAAAUGUGGGAGGAAUCUGAAUUAACUAAUUUACAAGAUGAAGCUGAAUUAGCUAAAGAAGAAUUUGGAUCCGAAUUUAUUAUUUCCGAAUUCCUUAAAGAAAGAACUGAAGAAAUUUAUAGAGAAUCUAAAAGACAGGUUUCAGACGCCAAAAAACAAUGGGGUAAUUCAUUUUAUAAAUCUGAUCCAAGAAUUGCACCGUUGAGAGGUUCAUUAGCUGCUUUUAAUUUAACUAUUGAUGAUAUUGAUGUUGCUUCAUUCCAUGGUACUUCAACAGUUGCAAACGAUAAAAAUGAAUCAGCUACAAUCAACAGUAUGAUGAAACAUUUAGGUAGAUCCGAAGGUAAUCCAGUAUUUGGUGUUUUCCAAAAAUAUUUAACUGGUCAUCCAAAAGGUGCAGCUGGUGCUUGGAUGUUAAAUGGUGCUAUACAAAUCUUAGAAAGUGGUAUUGUUCCAGGUAACAGAAAUGCGGAUAAUGUUGAUAAAGUUUUAGAACAAUAUGAAUAUGUAUUAUAUCCAUCAAGAUCAAUUCAAACUGAUGGUAUAAAAGCAGUGUCAGUAACAUCAUUCGGUUUUGGUCAAAAGGGUGCACAAGCAGUCGUUGUACAUCCUGAUUAUUUAUAUGCUGUAUUAGAUAAAUCAACUUAUGAAGAUUACGCUUUAAGAGUUUCAGCAAGGAACAAGAGAACUUAUAGAUAUAUGCAUAAUGCUAUAACUAGAAACACAAUGUUCGUUGCAAAAGAUAAAGCUCCAUAUGAUGAUGAAUUAGAACAACCAGUUUAUUUAGAUCCAUUAGCAAGAGUUAACGAUGCUAAAAAAUUCGUUGCAAAGGAUAUUCAAUCAAAUAGAACCUAUGUUAGUGAAAUAUCCCAAAAGACAGCAAAAGCAUUAUCUGAGCUUAAUAAAUCGUCAAAGGGUGUCGGUGUAGAUGUUGAAUUAUUAUCAGAAUUAAAUUUAGAAAAUGAAACAUUUAUAUCAAGAAACUUCACCCAGGAAGAAAUCACAUACUGUAAAAACUCAUCAUCCCCACAAGCUUCAUUUACAGGAACUUGGUCAGCAAAAGAAGCUACUUUUAAAGCAUUAGGGGUUCAAUCUCAAGGUGGUGGUGCAAGUUUAAUUGAUAUUGAAAUUUUGAGAGAUUCAAAGGGUGCUCCAAAAGUUAACUUAAAAGGUGAUGCUGCUUUAGCUGCUAAACAAGCUGGUGUUAAGUCUGUUAAUGUUUCUAUUUCUCAUGAUGAUUUUCAAGCUACUGCUGUUGCAUUAAGUGAAUUUUAA